UGCUGAUGCUAGGAUCUGUUUGAAGCUCAGCUGUUUGUGUGUUCCGCUUUCUGCUUUUCUAUUUUCUGUAUCAAUAUCAAAAGCAAACUCAAACCAGUGUUGAUUUUGCAAAGAUUGCAAAUAAUUUUAUUUACUUCAAAUAUAGUUGAGGUCGAAUUAAAUGUACUUUUAUUGAUAAUAUUUUAGAUUAUCUUGAAAAACUACGAUGACAAUUUUUAGUAGUUUGAGGCAAUACCCAUUGGCCAAAAGUUUAUCAUCUCUACUCAACAACAGGGUCGUCUUGAAAGAUGCCCCAAAACGGUUCAUGGGUGAACAUCGUGUCAUGCCGAUUGUGCCAUCUAGAUUCCAGUAUCAAAAGUUCAAAGAUCUUCUUCAUUUCUACUUGGCGAUUGGUAUAAUUCCUGUUACGCUGCUCAUAACCUACGUGAAUGUGUUCAUUGGACCAGCUCAGUUGACUGAAAUACCAGAAGGUUAUCGCCCGGAGCCUCAUGAAUAUUACAAGCAUCCAAUAACGAGAUUCAUUUCAAAGUAUUUGAAGACCUGUCACCAGCAAGAGUAUGAAAAACAUAUGCACUGGCUGUAUGAGGCUGACGAGAGAGCAAAAAUUGGGGUACUGACAAAAAAGGUUCUUGACUUGAUGCGAGAUAGGUCGGAUUAUCAAUCAUUCUACUACUUCCCAAUUGAUCCACGUUAUGCUCGUGUUGUUUCAGAAGGAAAAGAGGAAAUGGAAAAAUACUUUUAAAUAUACUAUCAAUGUACAGUAGUUGAAAGAUGCUAAUGAAGCUUUAUGUAUAGAAAAUUUGUAAGAAUUAAAUUGAAAAAUAUUUGAGAUUUAU